AUGGCCGACAAAGCCGAUCAGCCCCCGGCCUACGGACCCCCUCCGCAAGCACCUCAAGCUUCAUACCAGCAAGGACCCUACGGUGCUCCCCAGCAGCCGUACUACCAGCAACAGCCGGGCAUGAACUACGGCCAGCCGCCGCCCCAGGGUGGCUAUCCAGCCGGCCCGUACCCCCCGCAGCAGCAGCAGCAGGGAUACUACCAACAGCCAGGCUACGCGCCUCAGGGCCAAUACCAAAACCAGAACCAGCAGAGCGGCUCACGCGACGGCUGCCUAGGCAUGCUACUUGGUGCGCUUGCCUGUUGUUGCUGUCUGGAUUGUCUGUUUUAA